GCGGACGUGGCGUGAUGACGCAACGCCGGGUGAGCCCGUCCGCUGAUUGGCGGAGAGGGGAGGCCGGGCUCGAGCAGAAUGUGGAGAAUAAAGGCCGCGGCUUGGAGAGUACUCCACCGUUGGUCUGUUACCGGCCCAUCACCCUCCCUGCGCUUGCCUCCCACCCACUCUGCUGAAGAUGAUGUGAUCAACUCCUCUCUGGUUUCAACUCACCCUCAUUUCAAAAGCAGUUCAACAGAUUCUCGAAAUGGAGAAGAGAGAGAGAAGAGAGAGAAAGAACAGAACGCUCAAUUUUGUUCCAAGCAGUUACCUCGUUUUUCAGGAUUGGAUGCUGUAGGAUGGGGUGCUGCUGCUGUGGUGUUUUUACAGUUUGCAAGACACCUUCAUCAUCAGUUCUGUCACCGCAAUGGUCCCCAGGAGAGUGACGCAGCCUUGCCUUUCUCUGUCCGCAGCAUUGUUACAUCUACUCUGGAACCAGCCAGAAUAAAGUUCAAACAGUGCAUUUUGCCUCAGUGUGUGACUCCACACUCAAUCAAUAACUCAAGAGUUGAGAACUCUGUAUCAAUCAGAUCAACCCCUCCUGCAAAUGUCAAAGCCGCGUGUUCAAGGACCAAGCAACAGAAGAGAAAUGAAAGCAUUGAACAAGAUGAGCCACUGUUUAUAAAAGAUAUACGAGACUCCGAAUGCUCUGGUUCAUCGUGUGAGAAUGGCCAACAAGGAGACCUGCAGAGAGAGCACCCAAAUCCAGAAGAAAUUUUAAACAAAGCCACAUCUAACUUGCAGGGAGCUGCAAAGUCCAGCAUUUCUUCAAUUUUAAACAUUAUUGGACUGAAAAAUAUGAAAGCCAAAGACUAUGAUAUGGCUUUCUCCUAUUUCAUGGUAGCAGCCAACCAAGGCUACAGCAAAGCCCAGUACAAUGUCGGAGUCUGCUACGAACUGGGGAAAGGCACUGUCAAAGAUAUCAAGAAGGCUGCUGUGUAUUAUAGUUACGCUGCUGCCCAAGGACACAACAUGGCCCAGUUCCGUUGGGCCAUGUACCUCUUGCAUAUCAAACCAGAUAAAGAGGCCAAGGAUACCCAAGAAGCUGUAGAACAGUUGGAAAAGGCAGCCAAAUCUGGACUUAAAGAGGCCCAAGCCUACCUUGGUGUAUUCUUUACGAAAGAACCCCACAAAGAUCUGCAUCAAGCUGCUAGGUACCUGACGAUGGCAUCGGAAAGUGGGGAUCCUGAGAGUCACUACAACCUGGGUAUAUGUUACGAGAAAGGCUGGGCCGUGAUGACGGACUUGCGCCGAGCUGCAGAACUCUAUCAAAAGGCUGCAGCCCUUGAACACGCUGAUGCACAGUGUGCUCUGGGAGUGUUGUACCAGCAAGGACUGGGAGGCCUCCCCAUGAGUUUUUCAAAAGCCAUUGAGUUGUACCGGAGGGCAGCCCGCUCAGGCAGUGUUGAGGCUGUGCAUAACCUGCAGUGCCUGAUGGAAGAUCUCCAAAUCAAAGGAAGUUCCAGUUUCGCCAAUGAGCAUACCCUCUUAAGGUCAGUGAUGUCCUCCCCUUGUCUUCCUCCCUUGGCUAGCCCCAGAUCGCCAAUCCCUCAAGAACACCAAAAUGAAGACUGGGGAGAUCACCAACUGCAGGCUGGCAUGGCUUCAGGUCUACCACAUUCAUGGAGCACGGGGGGUCUCCAUGUUUCACCACUAAGCAAUAAAAGCCUAGUUGGCAGGGAUGGGCUACUGAGAUCAGUGAGCACUACCUGCUUGAACCAUCGUUUGGAACCCCUCGCAGACCAAUUCACAUCCCACGGUGGUGUUGCAGGCGUGGGAUGAUUUGAAUAAAGAGGUGGCCUCAUCCUGCUUUGUGUUCUGUGACUGGACAAAUCCUAUGCCACAAGGUUUAUAAUGUCCCUUGCUUGCUUGUUCUAACUGUAUAUACAGCUCGCCCAAUACCAAAGACUGCACAACUACUGAAGAAAAACAGAGUGAGCUAUGAUGGAGGGAUUUCCACAACAAAUGUUCUCAUUCUCCCAUGAUUGCCACUGGCUGUUGCUAUAAAAUACCAGACCGCAGACUAAUGGGGAGGCAAAAUGACUUUUUCACAGAGAAUUACGCACAAGAGGAUGUUGUUUAGUCCUCUGUCAUUGUCUCCUCUUUAUUAAUGUAAUUUGAAAACUGAUCCUACUGCUCUGCAGUAUCAUUUUCCCCUCCAAGGAUUAGUAAUAUUUACAGACUUCUUCACAUGGUGACUUUGCUUUGAGACUGCUGAUUGUCCAUCGAAUGAGUUGGACAGAUCUUUGAUGUGUAUUCAAUGACACAGUCUCCAUUGCUAUCUAGGGCUAAGAAUUCCAAACACUAAUGUCUGGGAGAAGAAAUUGCUUUCCACCUCUUACUUAAAUGGGAGGCCCCUUUUUUUUGAAAUGGUGACCUGAGGUGCAGACUCCCCAAUGAGAGAGCAUCUACCCAAUUGUGCCCCCUCCAAAUCUUAGAGUGAGAGGUGGCAUUAGUGGAGCAAAAACACCAUCGAAUGGUCUGUUCAUGUAUUGUACAUUUUGAUUUGAUCUUUACAUACUGUAAAAUACUGAUCAAAUGAGUGAUUACAGUAAUGAGCUCAGCUUCUUUUCUGAUUGAUGGCUGCUCCAUUAAUGUUGGAAGAUGUCAUCCUCAUUCAAUUUAGAUCUCUUUGCUCCAAUUCAAACAGUUCAUUGGGCUGCAUUUUCUUGUUCCAUCCUGAACCUGAUGUGCAGUAUUCAAUUAAACAUCUCUCUGUCAGGCAAAAGACAUCCUGGUACAUACUACACCAGGAGAUGACCUUGGGAACUGCAAUGAUGCAAUCUGUAUGACACUGUUUACAUCAUUAAUUAAUAAAUGUCUACUUUACAAAUUG